UAACCGGCCCUCGGGCCGUCACCCAUUCUUUCGUUUCCAUUUUUGUCUCUUCUUUCUUUAGCUAGCGGAUCGCCCAGACGGUCAGGCCCGGUUCCCAAACGGCCUCCCCCUCGGCACCCUACGGAGCAUCGGACACCCGACUACCCUCCCUCGGAAGCUCUCCCUCCUGGCCCCGCAGACCGCCCGGCGACGACCCGCCGAAACCUUGUAAAAUAACUCUGUAACCCUAGAAAUGAAAUAAACAACUGAGAUAUAAUCUAACUUAACCGAACCUGCUGCGUCCUUACUCUGGGUGGAACCUUCUUUUCUAGCAACCACGCCUGACAUCAAACUAAAUGUUGGAACGAACUGCUGGUAUCCGGUGAACCGUCCCAGGCACCCCGAAGCAGGACCGUUACAUGGCGCCCGAACAGGUUGAAGUGGUUGCAGGAAAAAGGACACUAAGAGAGUAAUGUCGAGCUGGGUAUACCAGGCUACAAAAGCAGAGCUGGUAGAAUACGCGAGUGAAUUCGGCGUGGACCCAAGCGGAGGAUCAAGGGAGCUAAGACAAAGACUGUCAACAUACACGAAGAGCACGGAGCACACAGAGGAGAUCAGGACAAGAUUAAUGGAGGUAUCAAGGAAGUACAAGAAGAUGGAAAUACCGGGUGGAGGGGCCCAGGUCGAGCCGGACAGCAAAAGGACAGCCACGAAAGAGGAGACUCAGAGCAUGGGAGACAGGAGGAAAGUGGAAUCUCUGGACAGAGUAAGAAGUUGGGGAAUACGAUACCAGGGCACAUCCAACCCACUGGAGUUCCUAGGCAAGAUGGAAGAAUGGGCCACAGGAUAUGGCAUAGACAAGGAUGAAUUGGUACAAACGAUGCCUUUUAUCUUGGAAGGCGCCGCAGAAGACUGGUGGAAUACGACGCCAAGUCGGGUAAGAACAUGGGAAGAAUUGAGAGGGGAACUCCUAGAGUACUUCCUACCACCAAGGUACCAGGAGCAACUGGAUUUAAAAAUCGGACAACUCCGGCAGAAAGAAGGGGAACCCACUCGGGCAUAUGCAAUGGAGCUGAGGAAGCUGAUGAGGUUCACCAGUUACUCAGAAAAAGAAAAACUGGAUAGGAUAUACAAGAACUGUCGGAGCAAAAUAAAGCUUUAUGCACGAAGAUCAGGUUUUGCAUCACUGACAGAGUUCCUAACACUAGCAGAGGAGGUGGAGGAAAUCGAGGCGGCGGAAAAUCAGGAUCACCCGGCAGAGACAAGGAGCCACGGACUAAGGCCGGAGAUCUGCAUGAGGUGUGGAGGAACAGGACACGCCACAAGGGCGUGCGGCAACCCUCCAAGGUUAUUCUGCUGGGUGUGCGGGAGAAACGAGCGGAGGACAACCGAAUGUUGUAGAGCCCGGCCGGACGUCAACAGGAGGCUGGAGCAGGCGACUCUGGCAGUACAGGACCGAGCACUAGGACCGGCAGGAAGAGGAGGGAUAAGCUACGAUGGAUUCCAGGCAACAGCAGAGGAAACAUGGACAAAUUCCAACACUCAAAAGAGCGGUUCCGGGAGCAUAGCGCCCAACUGCAACGGGCCGCCAAGAGGGCCAAAGUAAUACCAGCACGGGCCGCCGGACCCGAGAUAAGGAUCCGGACGGCACCCACACGGCCAGGGGUCCGGCGCAAGGUGGCCGGGGGAAGUCCGGCAAGAGAAGAACACCAGGGCCGAAGCACGACCGAC